AACCGGAUGACACGGUUGACUAUUUUUGCUUUAGCGUGAAAUUUACUCGCUCGCUCAACAUUGUUAGGUUAGGCGCGGAGCGCAUCAAUCAAACAGACAUAGUGUACUCCUUGCACGAUUACGAAGUCUUGUUUCGUAGUAUUUCAUUUCGACAAUUUUUAAAACUUUUAAUAAGUGAGAUUCAUUCUGCCCCCUUGCUGCCAUAUUCAAAUCCAUAUAUCAUGCCGUAUGUGUUGAUUAAUUUCUUCGACGCAGCUAACCUCAUCCUCUUGAAAAAUAAUAUUGUAUAUUCGUUAAACUACAAAAUAUUCUUUCAUCAUAUCUGUAAAAGUGUGACCGAAUGUUCACAGAGCGUAGAUAUCUAAUUAUUUAAACAUAUUCCACAAUGUCGAGUACCGAUUAUGCUACCCUUUUAUCGAUAGAUUGUAUAGGGUUAACCUGUGCUGAACAACAAACGAAGCUACUGUUUCAAACUAAUUACACAGAGUAAACCCUACUCUUGUAUCCCUACUUUUUGCUUAUUAAAACUGACAUGCGCAGUAUGAACAAAACUUGUUUGAAUUCUGUCUGUAAUCAUAACAUCGCGUUCAGACGCUCCAAUGUAAACAAAAGACAAACACGCAUGGUAUAUCAAGGAAGCAAAAUAAAUAUAUUAAGGUCACAAUGUCUUCACUAAAAUCAAAAGGAUGCCUCUUUUUAGCUUCAUCUCUCUGCGAUGGAUUAGAAGACAAUGAUAUAAAACAAGUGACAACGUUACUUCUAAAUACAGAAGCAAAUCCGAACACAUUAAUUCCUAUGCAUGGAGUAACACCAUUUCACUUAGUGAUAGGUAAUGAUUCUGAAACUUUUGCGGAAGAAGUUACUAAAUUAUUUUUACGUCAUGGGGGAAAUCCAAAUGUUAGAUCAGUAGAUGGAUUAACACCAGUUCAUGUAGCAGCAGCAUGGGGUAGAGUCACUGUGUUGGAGCUACUUUUAGCAAAUGGAGGAGAUCCCCUUUGUUUAGAUGAGGAAGGACGUACUCCAUUUCAUUAUGCAUUUGAUGGAAAAUAUUAUAAAGCAAUUGCAGUGCUUGGAAAAUAUUGUGAUAAAACUGUUAAGGACAAAAAGUCAACUAAUUAUAAAGUGACUUUUGAUAAACUUGUAAUUAAUAAUGGAAGUUUCAUAGCAGAAUAUGCUGAUGUACAAAUUCCUGAUAUAAUAAAAGAAAGCGAAUUAGAUAAAAACGACGUUCAGAGAUAUAAUGAAAAGAAAUCUACUGAUACUUGCGCAAAAUAUUUCUGUGAUUUAGAUGACAACAGCUUAAGUAGCAAUGAUCAGUCUGCAAUAGAUGCAGCAAAAUUUCGAAUUAAUGAAGAAAGGAAUAGAGAAAAAAUGCUAGUCAAUGAAAUUAUUAAUAAACUUUCAAAUUCUUUGACAUCUAGCUUUCAACAACAGGAAGUUACUAAUGAACAUGAACUUACUUCAGAAAAGAACGAUUAUGACACAAGUCCACUGUCUACAAUAAGUACAGACAACAGCACGAUGUAUAAUAUCAGGAAUCAGUUUUUAUUGAAAAAUAGAAGACAGUCUAUUACUCCUAAGUAUCGACGAAAAAAUUUUAAACAGAGCAAUAAUACUAGAACUCCAUUAAUACCUGCAUGUAAUGUAGAUGAUUAUAUUAUAAGUAAAUCACCAAAUCUUGUGAUAGGUGAAUCAUUUGAGAAAAAGCAAGAAUACUUAUCACCAAAAAUAUCACAGAAAGAAUUAAAAUUUAAAACUUUCACACCAUGUGCGACAAGAAAUCAACCAUUUCAGUCUGAGUUUAAUACAGAGAAAGCAAUAGCAAGAUCUACCCCAAGAAGAAGGAAACAAUUUUAUAGGCAAUAUUCAUCGUGCAGAAAAUUAAAAAAAUCUAACAGACUUACAUCGUCAGAAAAUACAAGCCCUGAUUCAGCAAGUCCUGAUUCUUUAUCUCCGCAUCAUUUUUAUAAUAAAAAACCGAACUAUAAGCUAAAUAAAAAUCUCGUAAUAAAAUUACACGAGAGUAAAUAUGAUGACGAUGUAUCAGUAAAUUUUAGUUCUAAUGAAAAUAAAGAAAAUGAAAAAUAUGAAGACAGUGAGGCUUUAAUAGGAGGACUUAAUAACAAUUUUAGCAAUUUAAAAAUGGAUGGAAUUAAUUUUGCUAAAAGAAACGAGGAAAACUUGAGAGGACAAAUAAUUUCACCGAAAAAUUUUCCGACUGAGGAAGUGGAAUUAAAAGCGAAUAACGUAUUACGUUCUUUUAAGGAAAAUGCAAGUACGUUUUUUUCGAGUUCCAAAUCAGUGUCAUAUAUCACUGCACAAGAGGAAUAUAAGCACGAAGAUCUAGACGAAGGCAUGGCUUUUAGAGAACGUAUAACUUAUAAAAUUUCAUCACGGCAACUGUUGGAUGAUACUUCGACUAAUAAUUCCUGGCCCUCAUCAUUGCAUUUACCUAGAGAUGAACCGUUAACAAAUAAAGUAAUUCACGAAAAGUUAAUUAAUUUGGGUGAUAAUCCGGGACCUGUUACCCAUUCUACAAGACAAGUAUAUUUAAAACGUCUUAUGAAGUUGGAGAACAAAAAUAGGGUAACAGAAAUAUAUAAUAGUAAAGAAGAAUUCUUUGAUAAUGCUGACAAAAGUAACCGUGUUUUGGUUAAAUCAUAUAUGAGUUUAGAGAGGCAAUUUGAGAAUUUAUCUAUCAGAUCUAAGGAACAUUGUUCGGAAAAAUACAACUCAUCACCAGCUCAACAUAAUCGUGUUAAAGGUGCCUCUAAAGCUGAUUGUUACGAAUAUAACGUGUCGUCAUUUUUAAGAUACGGAAGUUGGGUAAAUGAUUUGCAAAUGUACAAAGCAAUGGAAAAGCAGAUUUUUGAAGAAUAUUCUGCUGCAAGUCCUUCUAGAGGAUGGAGAGGAGGAAUAAAUAAAGAUAAUUUUACUUAUUUGCUCUUAGAUCCCCGCAUAACAAACAAUUUAUAUAUGUGUGCAGACAAUUUGCCAGAGGACACUGUUUGGUACGAAUUUUUCUCCGCUGUGUUUUACAUAGGCAAAGGCAAACGUAAUAGACCAUUUUCCCAUCUUAAAGAUGCUUAUCGUGCAUGGGUUUCACGUGAUGAUUCUGAUGACGCGAAAAUUCAACAUAUUUUAGACAUUUGGAAUGAAAAGUAUGGAGUUAUUUGUCUUCAAGUUUUUCAAAAUUGUAGUACAGAAGAAGCUCUCACACGAGAAGCUUUCAUGAUUGAUGCUAUAAAAGUAGAAAGAUUAAAGAAUUGUAUUAAUGGAACUUAUUAUGGAAAAGCUAAAACAUGGAGUAUGAAGGAAAAACGUAAAUUUGGGAGGUAUUUAUUGUAUAAAGCAAUGCAAAUUUAUUUAAAUGAAGGAGAGAGACAAAUAUUUCCCUAUAAUUUAAGAACUUAAUUCUGUUCUUAUAGAAAUUCAAAGUUUAUAUAAAUAUAUGACUAAUGUACAUACAGGGUGUUUAUUACUUCUUUUGACAAAUUGCAAAAUUGUUUUAUAGUCUAUAAAUAAAAGUAAGAAACAUAUGUUACUUGAAGCUUUGCUGUAAAUUCUUAAUUACGAAGUUGUUA